CCAAAAUUAAAAAGGAAAAAAUUCAAAAUAUUUAAUUUUAAAAAACUAUAAAAGGGCCAUGGUUCUGGAGUGUUCUUUAGUCUCUAAACCAAAACACACUUUCCUGUUUCCCUUUCUUUCAUCUCCUUCCUUCCUCCCUUCUUCGUUCGACAUGUCGUUCUCCUCCCUCAACAAGAUGAAUGAUCGUUCCGAUUCGUCGUUUUACAAGUUUCGAUUUCUGUAAAUUCGUCGACAACACACAAAGAAAGAAAAACGUUGGGUUUUACUCAAGGAGAAAUCAAAUGGCUGGUAAGAAACAGAAAAACGACGAUCUGUAUGCCGUUUUGGGGUUGAAGAAGGAAUGCUCUGAAGCCGAACUUAAAAAUGCGUAUAAGAAAUUAGCUCUGAGAUGGCAUCCAGAUCGGUGUUCGGCUUCCGGAGAUUCGAAGUUCGUCGAAGAAGCCAAGAAGAAAUUUCAAACUAUCCAGCAAGCCUAUUCUGUUUUAUCGGACGCGAACAAACGGCUGUUGUACGACGUUGGAGUUUAUGACAGUGAUGAUGACGACGACGACGACGGUAUGGGAGACUUCUUGACCGAAAUGGUUGCUAUGAUGGAUCAAACUAAGCCUAACGAAAAUGGAGAAGAAAGCUUCGAGAAAUUGCAGGAACUGUUCCAAGAAAUGUUCAACGACGACAUGGACGGUCUCGGAUCGAACUCCCCGACUAGCUAUUUCUCGUCCUCCUUGUCAUCUUCCUCCUCCUCGUCGUACUCCGAGUGUUCCACUUCCAACAACAAGCGAAAUUCGUCGGAUAUGAACAACUUCAACUCUUUUCAAGCUCAUCACGUCCACAAUUUCUCCAUGGGGAGAGGAGGAGGAGGAGGGGGAGGAGGAGAAGGGAGCAAGGGGAGGAAUUGGCGGAGGAAACGUUAGAAGGAAAAAACAAAAAGGAGAAGGCAAAGAACAGAGGAGGGACGACAUGUCGUCUAUGGCACACAGACGACAGUGAGGGUGAGGUUGGCAUUAGUACUGUCGAUCAGAUUUUUCAGCGAAAAUGGUGCUGACGUAAUCGAUUGGAGGCUGCCAGUACUGAAACGAAAUGGCAGCAACAUUGGCACUAUGAUUUUCCCCUUUUACCCUCAAGCAAAUUAUAAAUUAUUGUUUAUUUACAAAUUCGCUAUUUUUUAAUGUUAAAGUCAUAUCUAAUUUACUUUUUAUGAAUGCAUUUUCUCUUUA